GAGAGAGAGAGAGAGCGCAGGAGUGCCAGAGUACUAGUCCGCGCGGAGCGCAAGUGGGCUCCCAGGGCAUCGCAGUGUCGCUGCUCACUGGGGGUGGUUACCCUGUGUGAACCAGAAGCAAACGCCUCAGAGUGACUGUGAGAUCGCGCGUGGGGGACAUCAGCUCCUCUCGGAUCUCCAGGGUCCGGUCUGGAGGCGAUUCUGAUUCCCCGUUAUACAGCCUGAUAACCUGCAAAGUUUGAGACAUUAAGAAUAGGAAAAAAGAGAAGAGAAACCCAACCGAGACCAAAGGCGAAGAAACUGUUGCAGACCUGCUGAUCAGUUAAGAGAAGGACUGAACCGCGGAGUUUUCGCAGUGAACUCUGAGGUGCAAAGCACGGACCAACCCCAGCGGCGCUGGGUCUUCUAGCACCUUGGGUCACGCCUCCUUGGCGAGAAGGCGCCUGGCCUUUGAUUGCUUGCAGUUACUGCAGAAACUUCCUGCCCUGGUGGAGAAGCGGGUGCUCGCUCCAGGCUUAAGGCGUGAGACUGAGUUCAUUGGGUUUUUGGUUCCCCAACCAGGAAGGGUUGAGGGAACAGUGUCUGCGAGCCCUCUGCGCCCCACGUGACGGGUCCGGUGUUGGGCUCCUUCUUACCCCUUCAUUCGCAUCCCUCCGGGCUUUGCGCCUCCCCGGAACACCUCGCCGGGAGAUGGCCGCGUUGAUGCGGGGCAAGGAUUCGUCCCGCUGCCUACUCCUACUGGCCGCGGUGCUGAUGGUGGAGAGCUCACAGCUCAGCAGCUCGCGGACCAAACUCAACUCUAUCAAGUCCUCUCUGGGCGGGGAGACGCCUGCCCAGGCCGCCAAUCGAUCUUCGGGCAUAUACCAAGGACUGGCUUUCGGCGGCAGUAAGAAGGGCAAAAACCUGGGGCAGGCCUAUCCUUGUAGCAGUGAUAAGGAAUGUGAAGUUGGGAGAUACUGCCACAGUCCUCACCAAGGGUCAUCAGCCUGCAUGGCAUGUCGGAGGAAAAAGAAGCGCUGUCAUAGAGAUGGCAUGUGUUGCCCUGGUAACCGCUGCAAUAAUGGCAUCUGCAUCCCGGUCACUGAGAGCAUCUUAACCCCUCACAUCCCAGCUCUGGAUGGCACUAGGCAUAGAGACCGAGGCCAUGGUCAUUAUUCAAACCAUGACUUGGGAUGGCAGAAUCUUGGAAGACCACACACCAAGAUGUCACAUAUAAAAGGGCAUGAAGGAGACCCCUGCCUGCGAUCAUCAGACUGCAUUGAAGGGUUCUGCUGUGCUCGUCACUUCUGGACCAAAAUCUGCAAACCAGUGCUCCAUCAGGGCGAAGUCUGUACCAAACAGCGAAAGAAGGGUUCUCAUGGGCUGGAAAUUUUCCAGCGGUGUGACUGUGCAAAAGGCUUGUCUUGCAAAGUGUGGAAGGAUGCCACCUACUCUUCCAAAGCCAGACUCCACGUGUGUCAGAAAAUCUGAUCACCAGUGAGGAAAAUCACCACUAGCAGACUGUGAAUUCAUGUAUUUAACGCAUUAUGGCAUGGUGGAAAAUAAAGUUUGGAAUGCAUAAGAAUGGUGUAGAUGACAAGGUGAUAAGAAUAUAGACCACAGAAAGAAAGAAAGGAAAGAGGACUGAAUGAAUUGGAAGGGUGUCAAACUCAGCGCAACCAGCAGGCUUCCAUUAUGCAACUUGUUUAUGUAAAUAAUGUACACAGUUGUGAAAAUGCUAUUAAUAAGGAAAAAAGCACAUAGUGGAAAUUACUGAAUUCCAUAUGAAUUUCCAAGAGUUUAGGUUGUGCUGGAGGAGAGAGUUCCUUCAGGUUGGUGAUUGCCUAUAAAAAUAACCUAAAAUCCACAUUUCUUUUCAAAGUUCUAGUUUAACAAAAUACUCCCAGUUUACAUUGAUGUAUAAGUUCUAAAACACGAAAAGAAUAGAUAAACAGGAAUUGAAAACAUAAAGCAGAAUUAAUUUGCAAGAGAAUCACUUUUUAAUUUGCUACUCUACUUCAAAUGCUCAACUAAAGGCCUUGAGUAGACAAAGAAAAAAAAGCAAAUUAUUUCAAAAUAACGCCAGAUCUUUCAUCAAGGUCUUUGGAAAAAACAAACUUGUUCUUCCUCAAACUGCUUAUUUACAUUGUUUUCAAAAAUUUAACUUCACUUGUAAUUAAUAAGAACUGAUAUAAAAUAAAAAACAUUUCCUUAAUAUGAUCUGUCUUGCAGCAAUAUGGCAUAAUGAAUCCCACUUUUAUGUAUAAUUAAAUGCACAAAUAAAAAACAGUUCCUUGAUUCUGAAGGAAUGACAUGGCAUCUCUCCUGAUUGUAUAAGAUUCCUACCCUGAGUACAUUUGGUUUUCCAAACUGUAUUCAUUAGUUGUGACUAGUGCAAUAAAUGCACAGAGAAGAGUUUUCACAGAUUGCAAAAUGUUUAAAGAUAUCCAAAAUAUGUGGGAAACGAAGCUAAUGGAGACAUCAUUAUUUUGAAAAGUUUGACACUAAGUUUUGAUAGUAUUAGAUUGAUAAAUAUGGUUCUUUUUUUACAUGCUCUGCAAUGGACUAGAGUGAAGUUGAUAAUAGGGACUUGAGUAAUAUCUAUAUUGCACUGAAGCACAGUAAAGAAAUGGGGAAAGCUUUGUCAAUUGUCCAGGUUUGGGCAACACAUAGAUCUAUAUAAAUAUACAUCAUAUGUCUGAAGCACAAGCUGACUUAGUUUCAUCUUUGAAACCAGAGACUGCAAACCUACAUGGAAGUUCUCCAUGGGAUUCUCCAUUAGAAUCCUUACUAUGCAGAUGAGUUCAGUGCAUAUUCACUUGCCCUUCCUAUCCUCAAAAUAUUUAUUUUAUAUUUUUGAGGUACUAAAAGAAUCUUAAUUAUGAGUAUGUCACAGAAUCGACUCAUGAGGUAGACAGUGCAUGAGGUUCCUUGUCCUCUUAAGCUUCUAAUCAACCGAUAAACCAUCUGAUUUUGCUACCUAAUUUUUCUGCACCAACCUCUCUCUGCAACAGCCUUUUAUUGCCAAAGAUAUAGUAUCUGGUUUUGCAGCCACUGAGGUUUGAAAAAAAGUAAUAACCUGUAAAAUCUACAUAUUGCUAACCUAUAGAAACCACAGUUCUAAAUUCUUCGAAACCACUUUGCUACUUUUAUUUUUAACCAGUUCUAAAUAUUAUGUCUACAGCAUAAAAGGAAGAAAGUUAUCUUAUAGUUGUUAUUUUAAACUAUUAUAGACUGCAAGUCACACCUUAAUUUUCUUUUACUUAAACCCCACCUGAAAUCUCAAAUUUAAGUUCUCCUGGUAGAAAUUGAAUCUGAGCAUGGAUAUCUACUAAGAAUUUCAGCUUCCCACACACAUUUACUAGGAUGAUGAAGACUUACAUUUUCUGCACAUGUCUGCAAAAACUAAAAUUAUAAGCUAAUUUAUCCAAGAGCCAAAUUUUGUGUCAACAAGUUAUAUAAGCUUAGCGACAUGAAAAUGGAACAUUUCAGUCAAACAUUUCCUAUAUAGCAAUUACAUUUACAAUCUGGUUUCUGCAUUAUUUCCCUUAUGUUCACCCUUUCAAAAUUAUUAUUUGAAGUAAUUUAUUUACAGGAAAUGUUAAUGAGAUGUAUUUUCUUAUAGAGAUAUUUCUUACAGAAAGCUUUGUAGCAGAAUAUAUUUGCAGCUGUUGACUUUGUAAUU